AACAACAAUGUCUUAUUUAUUUAUUUGCUUAUUUGUUUGCUUGUUUGUUUGUCUGCCCAAGCCGGACAGUAUGUACAAACUAAACAACACUGUAAACUUUACCCUUCCAGAAAGGGAUUGGACAGGGUUUAUUACGUGCCACAGUAAUGCUAGGCUGAAAUAAGUGACAAAUGUCUCUUUUUCUUUCUUAUUUUUUUGGAUUUGUUUCAUUUUAAGGUGAAGAGUAUGCUGGGAAAGAGUACAAUAUGGUGUGAAAAUGCAGCCAGAUAAACAGUAAAUGAUAAAAAAAAUAAUAAAGAAUGAAAUGAAACACAAGCAGAAGAAAUUUCGGAGUUAAACUGAGCUCACCUGCUCUGGAAAGGGUCUCUGACUAACUGGGUCACGGGCGCUUAAUAGUUAACUCUUUUGGAUCAGAGACCGCGCUUGUUUUGCGUGAAGCCCGAAUGCAGGCGUUGUUUUUCUUUCACACCCGUAUUCGGGGGAAGCCCCGCCUCCUUCGCUGGGCUUGGGUUGGGUUUAACCUGCUAGCCAAUCGGAGCGCACCAGCCUGGAGAUGACUAGCCAGUCAGAGUGCAAGAGGCGGAGCUUUGCGGAAUACGGGUGGGAGAAAAAAACACGCCGCAUGCGGGGAGGCGUGUCUGCAGCUCAGGCGUGAAGUCGUGUCUGGAGGUUGAGGAGCACCAAGCAGAGCGGAAGAUCAUGUCUAGACUUUUAAACACAGCUAAUACGAGGUUAAGACGGGAUGUUUCCUUCUGCAGGAGACUGAGGAGCGUAGCAGAGCGGACCAUAAGCAGCUCGUUGAGGAGGCAAGCUGAGGAGAGGGAUGGACAUGUGGGAGUGCUGGGGAAGAGGCUGCAGGACACGGCAGAGACCCUGAUCAUUGGUGGAGGAUGUGUGGGUGUCAGUCUGGCCUACCACCUGGCCAAAGCCGGCCAGAAGGACGUGGUGCUGCUGGAGAAGUCCGAGCUGACUGCUGGAUCCACCUGGCAUGCUGCUGGACUGACCACAUACUACCACCCAGGGAUCAAUCUGAAGAAGAUUCACUAUCACAGCAUUAAGCUAUAUGAGCAGCUGGAGGCAGAGACCGGCCAGGCGGUGGGCUUCCAUCAGCCGGGCAGCGUCAGGAUUGCCUCGACCCCGGCCAGAGUGGACGAGAUGAAGUACCAGAUGACCAGAACUCACUGGCACCCCACUCCACAGUUCCUCAUCGGACCAAAGAAAGUCCACGAGCUCUUCCCUCUGCUCAACAUGGACAAGGUGCUGGCAGGGCUCUAUACUCCCGGCGAUGGCCACAUCGAUCCCUACUCUCUCACCAUGGCACUUGCAGCUGGUGCCCGAAUGUACGGUGCUCAGAUCUACAGCUCCGCCCCUGUCACAGGCCUGUCCCCCACUCUUGAUGGGAGGUGGGACGUCCAGACACCCCAUGGGACCAUCCAAGCCAACCGCAUCGUCAAUGCCACAGGUUUCUGGGCCCGGGAGCUGGGCCAGAUGAUUGGCUUUGAGCACCCCACUAUCCCUGUCCAUCACCAGUAUGUGGUCACAGCGACGGUUCCUGAGGUCAAGGCCCUGAAGAAGGAGCUGCCGGUCAUUCGGGACCUGGAGGGCUCAUACUACCUGAGGCAGGAGCGGGACGGCCUGCUGUUCGGCCCCUAUGAGAGGGAGGAGAAGAUGGUACUGCAGGACUCAUGGGUCAGAGAUGGAGUUCCUCCAGGUUUCGGAAAGGAGCUGUUUGAGUCUGAUCUGGACCGUAUAAUGGACCACGUGGAAAUGGCUAUGGAGAUGGUACCAGUCCUCAAGCAUGCUGACAUCAUUAAUAUUGUAUCUGGGCCGAUCACAUACACCCCAGACCUGCUGCCCAUGAUUGGGCCGCACCAGGGGGUCCGCAACUACUGGACUGCUAUCGGCUUUGGGUAUGGCGUAAUUCACGCUGGUGGUGUUGGGAAGUUCCUCAGUGACUGGAUCAUGAGCGGUGAGCCUCCUUAUGAUCUGAUUGAAUGCGACCCAAACCGCUAUGGGAAGUGGACCACUGUGCCAUUCUUGUGUGCCAAAGCCAGAGAGUCGUACGGCUUUAACAACGUGGUGGGUUAUCCUAAAGAGGAGCGAUUUGCUGGUCGCCCCACUAGCAGAGUGAGUGCACUUUAUGAUCUGCUGAAGGACAAAUGCUCCAUGGGCUUCCAUGCAGGCUGGGAACAGCCACACUACUUCUACAAGCCAGGAGACGAUGUGGGCUACAGGCCCAGUUUUACAAGGACAAACUGGUUUGGACCGGUGGGGCGUGAGUGCAAACUUGUGAUGGAGAAAGUGGGGGUCAUUGAUCUUUCACCUUUUGGCAAGUUCAUAGUCAAAGGGAAAGACUCGCACAAGCUGCUGGACCGACUGUUUGCCAACACCAUGCCAAAGGUGGGCCUGACCAACAUCAGUCACAUGUUGACGCCGAGAGGGCGCGUCUAUGCUGAGGUCACCAUUACCCAGCUUGCACCUGGAGAAUUCAUGCUCAUCACUGGCUCAGGAUCAGAGCUGCAUGACCUCAGAUGGAUAGAGAGGGAGGCAGCAGAUGGCAGCUAUGAGGUGGACAUCACUAACAUAACUGACAGUAUUGGAGUGUUGGGGGUGGCCGGGCCGAACUCUCGUAAAGUCCUGCAAAAGCUGACCAGCGAGGACCUGAGUGACGCCGCAUUUAAGUUCCUUCACUGUAAAUCCAUUCAGCUGGCCGGCGUCCACCUGCGGGCCAUACGCAUAUCCUACACAGGGGAGCUGGGCUGGGAGCUGUACGUGGACAUGCCGAAGAUGGCUGAAGUUUACCAGGCCAUAAUGGAGGCCGGUCAGGAAGAGGGCAUCGAUAACUUCGGCACUUACGCCAUGGCUUCGCUCAGGCUGGAGAAAGGCUUCCGAGGCUGGGGGGCCGAGAUGAAUUGUGAUACAAAUCCUCUGGAAGCUGGUCUGGAUUACUUCAUCAAACUCAACAAGCCUGCAGAUUUCAUUGGGAAGAAGGCGCUACAUGAGAUCAAGGCCCAGGGACUAGUGAGGAAGCUGGCGUAUCUCACCCUGGACACAGACAAUAUCGACCCUGAGGGCAAUGAGACCAUCUGGCAUGAAGGAAAGGUCGUCGGCAACACAACCUCUGGAGCGUACAGCUACUCGACUCAGCAGAGCCUGGCCUUCGGCUACUUGCCCAUCCAGCUGGCCACCGUUGGUCAGAAGGUAGAGGUGGAGCUGCUGGGAAGAAAAUAUCCUGCCACAGUGGUCCAGGAGCCUUUGGUCCUCACUGAACCCACUAGGACCCGCCUGCAGAAGAAGGCCAAAAGCAGACCGUGAAACAGGAAUGCUGAUUUGGAUGAACUGGAUCUCAUAGAAGUGGCUGGUCAGUUAAGAGGAGAUGUUGUGUUUGAGAGAGCUUGUGUAUGGCAUUAAUAGUGAAUGACUAUUUUGUAUUAAAAAAAAAAAAACAUAUUUUCUUCAGCUGUAGUGUUCACCCUUAAAAACGUGCUUUCCUAAACUAACAAUAAUUCGAAGAAAAUGCGUAUUCUUGAAAACAUUGUUCUUUAAUGGCUCGUUAAAGCCUCACACUUGUCUUGAGCUGUAAGAGUUGACAGUAUUUGAUCUAAAUCCGUUAUAAAACACACACACUGCCUC